UUUUCCCUGUCAAUAAUCCUGGAUCCCAGACUUCUCCGUUCCUCCGGAUUUCGAUCCCCCUUUUUCUAUCUGUCAAUCAGCGCCGCCUUUGAACUGAAAAGCUCUCAGUCUAACUUCAACUCACUCAAAUCCGAGCGGCACCGGCUCCCUAUAUCCGCGCCCCCCCCUUUACAGCUGACUUGUUUGGGGUUUGUUUGCUGCAUUUUUUUAUACUUCCCCCCUCCCCCGUUUCUCCCUCCCUCCUUAUAUAAUUUUUUUUUAUUAAUUUUUUUGUGUCUACCCGCGUGCGUCUGCGUGCGCGCUUUACAUGCUGAUCUGAUCUUCGGAAGAAAGAGAGAGAGAGAGAGAGAGAAAAUCCAGAAGAAGGAAAAGAAGAAACCCAAAGUCACUGGUGCAAAAGGAAAGGAGCAGGGACACUGCCCUCCCCUCCUCCUCCUCCCUCUUUUCCCCUCCCCAGGAGGAAAGAGAAGGGGGGGAAAACUUUCACCUUGGACUCUUUUUUGAAAAAUUGCAAACUUCCCCCUUUUCUUUUCUUUUCAUCCUCCCCCCCUUUAUUUUUUUUCUUCUUCAUUUCCUCCCCUUUUUCUUCCUGCAAAAUUGCUGCUGGUGGGAUAAGCCAGGAGGAAAAUGCCGCAACUCAAUGGCGGUGGAGGGGACGAUUUGGGGGCGAAUGACGAAUUGAUCUCUUUUAAAGACGAAGGGGAGCAAGAAGAGAAGAUCUCGGAGAACUCCUCGGCAGAGAGGGAUUUAGCCGAUGUCAAAUCGUCUCUAGUCAAUGAAUCAGAAACGAAUCAAAACAGCUCCUCAGACUCGGAGGCGGAGAGGCGGCCUCCGCCUCGGUCCGAAAGUUUCCGAGAUAAAUCCAGAGAAAGUUUAGAGGAAGCUGCGAAAAGGCAAGAUGGAGGGCUGUUUAAGGGCCCACCGUACCCUGGGUAUCCCUUUAUAAUGAUCCCCGACUUGACCGGCCCCUACCUCCCCAAUGGAUCCCUCUCGCCCACGGCAAGAACGUACCUCCAGAUGAAAUGGCCACUGCUUGAUGUUCAGGCAGGGAACCUACAGAGUAGGCAAGCCCUCAAGGAUGCUAGGUCUCCAUCUCCAGCACAUAUUGUUUCUAACAAAGUCCCAGUUGUGCAGCACCCGCACCAUGUACAUCCUCUUACGCCGCUUAUUACAUACAGCAAUGAACACUUCACACCGGGCAAUCCUCCUCCACACUUACCAGCCGACGUAGAUCCAAAAACAGGAAUUCCACGGCCUCCGCACCCUCCAGAUAUAUCUCCUUAUUAUCCGCUAUCACCGGGCACUGUAGGGCAAAUCCCCCAUCCGCUAGGAUGGUUAGUACCACAGCAAGGUCAACCAGUCUAUCCAAUCACAACAGGGGGGUUCCGACAUCCCUACCCAACUGCCCUGACUGUCAACGCUUCCAUGUCAAGCUUUCUCUCCUCUAGGUUCCCUCCACAUAUGGUCCCUCCACACCAUAGUUUACAUACAACUGGGAUCCCUCAUCCAGCCAUAGUCACCCCAACAGUCAAACAGGAAUCUUCCCAGAAUGAUGUUGGCUCACUCCACAGCUCAAAACAUCAGGACUCCAAAAAAGAAGAGGAGAAAAAGAAGCCACACAUAAAGAAACCUCUUAAUGCAUUUAUGUUGUAUAUGAAGGAAAUGAGAGCAAAGGUUGUAGCAGAAUGCACAUUGAAAGAGAGUGCAGCCAUCAAUCAAAUCCUUGGUCGAAGGUGGCAUGCAUUAUCCAGAGAAGAACAAGCAAAGUACUAUGAACUAGCCAGAAAGGAACGACAGCUCCACAUGCAACUUUACCCCGGCUGGUCCGCACGGGAUAACUAUGUAGGUGGCUAUGGCAAGAAGAAGAAGAGGAAAAGGGACAAACAGCCAGGAGAGACCAAUGAACACAGCGAAUGUUUCCUAAAUCCUUGCCUUUCACUUCCUCCGAUUACAGACCUGAGCGCACCUAAGAAAUGCCGAGCGCGCUUUGGCCUUGAUCAACAGAAUAACUGGUGCGGUCCCUGCAGGAGAAAAAAAAAGUGCGUUCGCUACAUACAAGGUGAAGGCAGCUGCGUCAGCCCACCCUCUUCAGAUGGAAGCCUACUAGACUCUCCUCCGUCUUCUCCCAAUAUGCUAGCCUCCCCCACAAGAGACUCAAAACCACAGACUGAACAAACCCAACCUCUCUCGCUCUCAUUGAAACCUGACCCACUGGUGCACCUCUCGAUGAUGCCGCCCCCGCCGUCCUCCAUAGUCCUGACGGAAAACUCCACUAGCAAAUCCAGCAGCCUGCCUGCUAGUAAUUGUCAGAACGGGGGUUUAGAACAUCAGUCUGCCACUUUACAGCAGCCGGCGCCAUCUUCUUCUUUGUUAGCACAACCGUCAACAUCCUCCUUGCAUUCCCACAAUUCUUUGGCUGGGAGCCAGCCACAGCCGCUCUCACUUGUAACCAAGUCUUUAGAAUAGCUUUAGCCUCUCGUAGCCCU